AGCAUAUGUUGUUCGGGUUCGGGCGUAAAACAUGGACGAAAUGGACGAAAUUAGCUUGGAAAUCUUUGAAGAAAUAGCGGAUAGUGGAACAAAUGGUAUCAAUAUCGUCGAUCAUCUUAACUGGAAUGAUCCUGUUCAGCAAGUUGACAAUAAUCUGCCGUUUGACACGCUAUCCUUGAAUUCAUCGAUCUUACCAUUAACCCCCCCAGGAUCCUGCCCUGUCACACCCACGUCCAUAUUUAAUGGAAAUGUUGAUUUAAAAAACACAGAUUCUGGGCAAGCCUGUUUAACUGAUGCACCAGAACUGGAGCACUAUUUGAAACUGACAAAUCCUUUGCAGAGUUCAAACAAUAAACGCAAACUUUCCAUUGAAAGUGAAGGGGAUUGUAAAAAACGGACGAGAUUGAAAAGCAACUCUCAAAGUGAUUUGGGUGAAUGUUCUCAACCACAAAAUCAAAGAUCAAUCAAAUGGACUCAAUGUGAUAUAGAAGAAUGGCAUAAAAUAUACAAGUCUUCUGUUCAAUCGGAAGAGCCAUGUCUUCAUGUCACCUGUGAUAAAGGGUUAACUUUUUCCCCGGCAGAAAGUGUUUUCAUCUGCCAGAAAAAGAACCAUUUUCAGAUUUCUCUAAAUCUGGAAAUGGUUAUUGGAAAUUCAACUCUUGUGAAAGUGAAUGAUGCUUUGGAAACAGUGAAUUUUGUUAAAAUUCAUCUAUACGCUAUAAAGGCCGAAGCUCCACAAAAAAGAAUUACAAUGGAGCAGUCGAGUGCCGAUAGAUCAAAACGGCCUUAUGUGCCAGUGAGACUUCCCAAUGGAUCACCGCUGAAAACGCUGACAAUCGGUCGUUUACAUUUCAGUGAAACGACUUCAAACAAUAUGAGAAAGAAGGGCAAGAUAAAUCCAGAUCAAAGAUAUUUUCAGUUGGUUGUUGACAUUCGUGCGUACACGAAUGAAGGAAAUUACUGCAUAUGUCGACAAGUUUCCGAAAGAGUUAUUGUGAGGGCAUCAAAUCCGGGGCAAUUUGAAAACGAUGUUGCUCUCUGGUGCAAAGACAAAAGUAGCGAGAGUGUUUACAGAAUGGGGUAUGUUGGUAUCAACACAGACAAACCAGAUCAACCCCUCACUGUAAAUGGAAAUAUAAAAUCAACUGGCGUAUGGCUAACACCAUCUGAUGUUCGACUUACCGAAGGUAUCUUUCAGGCGGAUACGCGUGAAAACCUAGAGAACGUUAACAACAUGCAGCUGUAUCGAUAUCGCUACAACAAGAUGUUCCUACAACACGCUGGACUUGCAUCCGAGAAAACUGCCGAAAAUUUGGGAGUAUUGGGAAGUGAUCUUCGUGCCAUGGUACCAGACGCUGUUACUGAGAGCACUGAUAUCCCGUUGCAAGAUGGAAAUUUUUUGAAAGAUGUUCCAAUGAUCAGCAAGGACCGACUGCUAAUGGAAUCAAUCGGAGCCAUUCAAGAACUUUCAAAAGUUGUGAAAGUUUUGACGACUCGACUGAUCGAGUUGGAAACGAAGAACGAAAUUUUGGAAGUCGUUUUGAAGAAUGUGGUUUCUGAUUCCAUAACAACCUAGUGUUCAUAAAAGUUGAAAUAACAGCAUCAAUUAAGGAGAAAACGUUUUUAUGUCCAUGGCGUUAGCUCAGCUCGGCUCGCUUUUUUAUCAUUGAAAUCGGAAUCUAUAAAUGUCUCCAAAUCAAUAACCUCAAACGCGUUGGUCAAUUUUUUACAACAAGUAAGCUAGUAUCGCAAACAAUGUACAUAGAAACUUUUCAAUUGCUAUUCAUGAAAGAUUUUUAUCAAUACUGAAAAAAGUGCUUUCGAGAUUGAUGAA